AUGCUUGCAUACUAUUUGAUGUAUCAACCAGAAUACAAACCACUGCAAGUGGGAAAGAAGAAAGUAAAGUCGGGCUGUAAGACGUGCAAAGCUCGCCGGGUUAAAUGUGACGAAGGUCGACCCGCGUGCCGGCGCUGUGUCUCCACGGGCCGCAUCUGUGAUGGUUAUGGAAUCUGGGGAGGAGGUGGGAGUCCAUAUCAGCUGCAGAGCAACCGAGCGCCUUCCAUCCACUGCACUCCAGUACCGGCUGGUAGUCUCAGCCACGAAGAGCAACAGUACUUUGACUGGUUUAUGUUCAAGACGACUAAGAAGUUUACUGGCUUGUUUCCCUCCGAUUUCUGGGAAGUGUUAGUCUUCCAAGCCAGUGUGCAAGAACCCUCCGUGCGCCAUGCGGUCGUUGCCCUAUCUGCAGCCCAUAAAUUCGAAAAUAACAAGCCUUGGAAAUUUAUGUCACAAAAUAACCUCGAAGCUGAGCAAUUCACUUUGCAACAAUACAACAAGGCAAUCCACUGUCUUCAAAAGACUACGAGUAGUAACACUAAACACACUCUUCGCGUGGCUUUGAUAACAUGCAUGGUUUUUGUCACACUGGAGUAUCUGCGAGGCUCAUACGAAAUGGGCAGUGCCCAUCUUCGCUACGGUAUCCAGCUUCUGUCUACUAUCUCGGCACCGAAGCCUCGUUCUGCAAUGAGCCCAGCCAUCCUAGGUCCAUCAGAUGACUUUGCACACAACGCUUUGAUUGAUUCUUAUUCCCGUCUCACAAUUCAGUCUGCCAUGAUUGGCCAUGUUCCAGCGCAUAUGUGUGUUCUGACUCGAGACCCGCAGACUCAUUCUCUACCAUAUGAAUUCUCCUCCAUAAAAGAUGCACGACAGGCACUCGACAACUUACUUAACAGAAUAUACUGUCUGAAUCAAAGUUACUCUGGCCCCCAAGAAAUAAAAGCACCGGCAGAAGACCCGCAACUGUUUAAAACACAGGGCAAGAUUCUAGCAGAUCUCUGCUUCUGGCGCAAAGCAUAUGAUGCCUCACUCGUGCGUCUCGAGGCAGAAGCAACUCAGGGUGAUAAGCUUGCCUUUUUACUUUUACGUGUAUACUAUGAGAUGGCGAUCAUAAUGGCAUCUGCAUGUCUUUCUACCGAGGGCGAGUCAAUCUAUGACUCCUAUACCGAGAAGUUUAUUUUGAUACUGUCCAGCUUCCUCGAUAUGUGGAGGUAUUAUGAAAACCAAACGAAGGCAGGGAAUCUCGGCUUGGGUGCUCCCAGUUGUAACGGACUAGGUUUUACCAUAGACUCCGGCUUCAUCCCUCCAAUAUAUUACACAGCGCUCAAAUGCCGCGUGCCUCGCAUUCGUCGACAGGCUAUUCGCAUACUGCGAUCAGCUCCACAUCGAGAAGGAGCUUGGAAUGGACUCAUUCUGGCUGAUAUGUUGGAGGAAGUGUUGCGAAUUGAGGAAUAUGGUAUUUUGCUUGAAGAUCCUAUUAUCGACGAGCCUAUCAUGGAAAUACCUUUGACACAUAGACACCCUUCCCUGUUCAAAGUUCAGGCGUUGUGCCGUAUAUCUGAUGCUGCGGUGAUUCAUCCAACUGCGGCACGUGGUGAUGCUUUUAUGAGUUAUAGGCAGAUGUUGGAAGAUGGUACUUGGGCGACUUUCGAGCGAAGGAUUCCACCAGGCGUGAUGAAUAACACUUCCGCGUUCAUAUUUUAG